GGGAAAGAGUCGCCGCGAGAGAAAGAAGACACACAGCGAAGGCGAAGUUGGCGAAGUCGCCGAGUUCACGCGCUCGAGGCGAUUCUCAGCAGGACCGCCAACUCUUCUACGUGGCUUUUCUUCUUUUCUUUCUCGACGUGUGUGUGCCGUUCGCGUGUGGUGUACGUUUCGUGAAAGUCGAUCGGAGCUUUGUGACAAGUGACAACGACCCGUUGCGUCUUCGUGAGAGCACGUCCCGCGCGUAGCGUCGAACUCAACCGGCGAGACAUCGGCGACCGUCGGUUCAUCGGUGUCCGCCGCCGCAUAUUUUCUUUGUCCGGUUCCGGAGGUGUUGCAGUGUCGUUCGCGCUCCCGAGGAAGUGUCGUUCCCUGCGGAUACCUCCCUGCUCCCUCGGUUGGAUUAGACAACAGGAGUGCCUUGAGGCGUCAGACCAUCCGCGGCCAUGAUCUUCGGCAUCGUCUUGGGCAUCGUGCUGUUCGUCAGCAUCAGCAUCACGCUGAUCGGGCUGUACGUGGUGUUCAAGCGCUUCUGCUCGGACACCAAGGACUACGGCAUGAUCAACGCCAACUCGACCAUCAAACACGGCCGCCUCUACCCGGUACUCAACUACAAGGACUGCGACGACGACGGAGCUGGUGGUUCGGGCUCGACGACCCAGUGCCUGGACACGCAAGACUUGGAUAUUCCUGAAAUCAAGGUACCAGGAGAUGACCACCAUGGGGACGGAAGCUGCUCGCCGCUAGGCCUCGAGAAGGAACCGGACUACGCGUCGCCCGCGAGCCUCACCAAGCCGUACGGCAAGGACCGUGACGUGCCCGAACCGUCGCCGCCGUCCACUUCGACGCCGUGGAAGCCGACGGACGAGCCCCACGCGAGCAGCAGCGCCGUUGCAGACCAUCCGUCGAGCCACGUCAACGAGGCGUUCCACAACGGCCUCGAGUCGACCAGUGGUUACAGUGCGCACGUCUCGCCGAGCCGCAACGACGGAGACGAUGACGGUGAAUAGGAAUGGCCAAGUCAUGGUCAUGUUCGCGGUUUGAGACGACAUCACGAGGGACUGCGGUAGGAUGUCGUCUGCUCGUUCGGAAACGAGCUAAAUGUAGUCUGACAUGACGAGACGACUCUCAAGAAUCGCCUUCCAGGCGACUAGCUUAGACUCAUCUUCAAGUGGUAUCAGGUUGAAGCACUUUUUCGGAGACUUUGCCAGACGUUCCUUUUCGACGGAUGAAUUGUAUUCAACUUGGUCUGGCUUGUGUGCAAGUAUUUAAUGUUUGGUUUAUGUUAUAUGGUCCAUCACUGGAAGCCAGGGUUCCGGUAUGCAUACAUUGAUGAUUAGCGACGAGCGUAUAUGUUUGGAGCUUUUGUUAUGUAUUUUAAAAUCUACGACGAGUUGUCUCCGAUGGAAGUUUUGAUACGACUCAUUGUAAGCUCUUCGCUGAGCGCUUAGGUACUUGUCACAGAUCUCAUCCGUCGCGUGAAUGCAUCUCAAUGUUAUGAAUAAUAUACCAUCAGGUGAACGAGUGGGGAACACGAGUUUUUGUAAUGGUUAUCGCUUGCGGGCUUCCGGAGAGUACUGUAAAACAAUGUCGAGCUCCCUUUUCAGCUUUUUGCGACUUUUAAUGGAAUUUCGAACGCUUUUUCCGAGUUCUAUAGCGCUACAUUUACUCGAACUCAAGUGCCAUCCGAAUGUACCACAGGCCUUCAAGUUGUUGACAAACGUUUUUUGCACCGUUGACCUCCUCACCCGAAAUGACCACGAAGCGACAUAACUUUUUUCAUCGAUGUGGAGUAGUAUUUUAUAUGCCACGCUCACCCUUUUCGGGAUCGUGUCUUCGCGGAGUUUACUGAAUUUGGGAAGCAUAUAAAGUGACGUUAAUUUCCGGAUUUUUUCGUAUGUAGGACGUGCUAAAAAGAUUAUGAACUGAUUUCAGCCGGUGCUCAUAAUAAUCUCUUAACGUUAAUCGCUUUUUUGUUUACAUGCGCUGGUUAAUUAUUAAAAAAAAAAAAAAAGACAAGUUCUUUUUUUUUUCUUUGCUUUGAAAACCGACGAUCAGGUGUACGAGUUUCGUUCAGUACCACUACUACCAGUACAAUUAAGAUCAGCUAUGGCUAAUAGGCUCAUUCGGACAUGCUGACUGUGGAACAGAAAGUGGUGUACAAUGAAGCUAUUCUAGUGACAACAAGUAACAAAAAAAAAAUAUAUAUAUAUAUAAAACUUUCAACAUUAUACGUUUAGUAGGUUCUGGAUACGUCACUAGAGAAGCGGGAUUACAUCACAUUUGACGUAAUCUCCCAAAAAAAUAAAAGAAAUCAUCUGGUUCCCCACCUUCAGUGUCCGUUUCACGGCCCCUUUAAACACCAAAAUUAGUGGAGAGUUCUUUGUUUUCUUUUUUUGCCUCUCGAGUUGAAAAUAACUCAUGAUAUGAUUUACGUUUAGAGGUUGUUAUCCUGGGGGACAGUAUAAAACCCUACUCUUGUUAACUUUCUAUUUACACCAAGUUUUCUAAGGGUGUAACUUAGUGCAUUCUCUUUCUCUAUGGUCACUAAAAGGAUGAGAACGACAGGGAGGAGGAUUUUCAGUCGUCCCACCCUCAGCGCGAGCUUCCUACCUUCGAUAAUACUUCGACGUCUCGUGUGAGCCUCGAGCCAAAGCACGACGGAAGGCCACAAGCGCGUGCUGAAGGCCGGGCGUUCGAAAGAGACGCCCUGCCGUUCUCAUCCUUCCGGUGACAACGGCGUCUCUCCGCCCUUCGUUAUUCUGCAAGGCGCAUCUCCCGGGCUAGUACCUUUAACUCGCCCGUCCGUGUGUCGUCGGGGGCGCAAGUUAUUCGGGUGUGGCCUUAUUACCGCUGGGGGAUGGCUUUUUCGUGGACUGUUGUAACAAUGACCGCUGCCAUUAACGCUGAUUAAUUCUCAAUGUGUCAACCUUGUAUCGUUUUUUUUUUUUUUUUUGUGCUAUUUCUGGGGGAUAAAGGAGUUGUCCACCGCUACAGUUUCUGGCGCCCUUGCUGGAUGGUUCCGCGUGCGUGUCCGUGUGUUGUGUUGCUGCGCUGUCGAACGUAUACUUUAUACAUCGAAGCAGGGAUUAGAGACUUUUAGUCGAUCGUUCCGAUAACGACUGAUAACGAUACGACGCCGUGCGCAAAGGCGUCGGCGGUGUGUCGGCUAUCGUUAUCGGAAUGAUCUACAAAAACUCCUUAUCGAAUAAAAGCAUCAGUGAGAAGGCGAACUUGCUGGAUGGACAUAAGACGUUUCGUGAGAUCAAUAUAUCAUCCAAAUUAAGUUCUGUUCAAAUAUAUUUGAAUUUAAUGGCACGUUUUGUAUCGUCCGUACCGUAAAAAUAAAAUAAAAUUCUUACUAAGAAACUAGAAAGAAAAAAAAUUAUGUUGCACACACCGGUCCCCACGUCUGCCCACACCAGGUGUGGCCGGUGGGCACUGCGCCUGCGCAGAAACCAGAUCGGGAAGAAGAGAAGCGUCUGCGCAUGCGCAGUGCCGACAGCAGCGCCACCGCAGUGCCGUGACGUCAGAGUUUUGGGUUGUUUGCUGUGUGCAUGCUUCGCCAAUAAAAGGUCGUUUGUAGUAAACGAUAUCGAAAUGACGACGUCCUGCCGA